UUCAUAACAAUCAUGGAUGAUAUUCACGCUCCUACUGUUGCCUCCGGACCUGCGUCCGGGGCUCUACCUCGUGAUCUCUCCAAGCUAUCGAUGCCAGAAUUGAUGCAGGAGAAGGAACGAAUCGAAGAGGAACUGUCAGCGCUCAGUGCCGUCCUCCAAUCACAUGGGGUACGCAUGACCUCCUCUCUCACCACUUUCGACGGUUAUCCUCGUGAUGAUAUCGAUAUCGCGCAAGUUCGAACUACACGCGUGCGCAUUAUUCACCUACGAAAUGACCACAAGGCGGUGAUGGAGCUUAUCGAGAAAGGCGUUCACGAGCACUUCGCCAGGCUACAGAGCACCGUUGCCGCACCAACUACAAAUGGUACAAGCCAGCCUCCCACCAUGCCGUCAUUGCCAGUCGCAAGUACCAGUCAGCUUGGGGCCCCCUUCGCCAAGGUCAAUAGUGUGGUUUCAGGGAGCCCAGCAGACCAGGCGGGACUGAAAGCUGAGGAUGUGAUUCGAAGCUUUGGGAGUGUCAAUUGGCUGAACCACGAACGCCUUACGAAGGUUGCUGAAGUCGUUCAACAGAAUGAAGGGCGGCCCGUAACGGUCAACGUCAGGCGCGGGAACGAAACCACCUUUGAGGAGUUGGACCUUCAGCUUACUCCUCGGCAAAAUUGGGGAGGUCGCGGUAUGCUGGGCUGUCACUUGGUACCAUUAUAA